AUGGCAGAGACAGUACCUGCUGGCGCAAGCCACAUGUCGUCGCCGCCAAAGCUGACCGGCAGGGCCUUCUACGAAAGCAUCGGCAGUCCCAAAUACAUCGUGGCACCCAUGGUCGAGCGCUCUGAAUUCGCCUGGAGACUCCUCACUCGAUCCUACCUCGAUGAAGAGCGAUCAAAGUCUCUUUUAGCAUAUACGCCAAUGUUACAUGCGAGACUGUUUCGAGAAACGGCAGGAUUUCGAGACGACCACUUCCGGCCUGUCAGAGGCAGUCUGCGCUCAACCGAGAAAUCUUCAUCUUCCCCCUUCCUGGACGGCAACCCAAGUUUAGACAGACCCUUGUUUGUGCAGUUUUGUGCGAACAAGCCCGAAGACCUUUUAGAGGCAGCCCAAUAUGUGGCCCCGUACUGUGACGCAGUUGAUUUGAAUUUGGGUUGUCCUCAGGGUAUCGCCAGAUGCGGUCGCUAUGGGGCGUUUCUACAGGAAGAUUGGGUCACUAUUUACAAGAUGAUCAAUAAAUUGCACAACGAAUUAACCGUCCCUGUGACGGCAAAGAUGAGAAUACUAGACACCAGGGAGAAGACACUGGAGUAUGCAAAGAUGAUUCUGUCAGCGGGUGCAAGCAUUUUGACAGUGCACGGCCGACGGAGGGAACAGAAGGGUCACAAUACUGGCGUUGCAGACUGGUCAAUGAUACGGUACCUUCGAGAACAUUUACCGCCGGAAACUGUGAUUUUCGCAAACGGGAAUAUUUUAAAUUCAGGUGAUCUAGAGUCAUGUCUAGUUGCAACUGGGGCCGACGGCGUCAUGAGUGCAGAGGGCAAUCUCAGUGAUCCUACAAUUUUCGCCAACCCGCCAACAGAAUACAACCCCCGAGAAUACUGGUAUGGAGCAGAUGGCACAGGAGGAUACCGUAUGGAUGCUGUGUUCAGAAGGUAUCUCGACAUUAUCUACCGAUAUUCUCUCGACAAAGAACCACCCACACGUAAGCCACUUUAUGUCCCUGGCGACCUCGAAGAUAACACCCACACAGCGGUCCCCAAAUCUGAGAUUCGACCGAGCAAACGGCAAGCAAGAGGUCCUAAGCAAAAGUUUGAUCCAAGUGUCAGGUCAAUGCAAGGGCACCUGUUCCAACUCCUCAGGCCUCUGGUGUCCAUUCACACCGACAUCCGAGAUGCGUUGGCAACAACGAGAUGUGGGGAUAUCGACGGAUAUGAGAGAGUUCUCGCCAUGGUAGAAGCGGCGGUAAAGAAAGGCCUAGAUGACCACGCCGCUUCACAACAAGCCAAAUCCGAGACAACGAACGAAGAUGACGUGACGAAGGAAUCGCAAUCUGACCUAAUGCCUAGACGGAAAGCUGAGAUGAAAUACCGAAGACCGUGGUGGGUGUGCCAGCCUUACAUUCGACCGUUACCUGACGAGGCGAUUAAACUCGGUUCGAUGCAACCCAGCAAGAAGAAUACAGCCAAGAUGCGGUUGAGGGAAACGACCGAAAGCAAAGACUAUGCGAUCCAGAGAGCAGAUGACCUUGAAAGCCAAGACCAACCUCUGCACCACGCUGCAAGAGAAGACCUCCCGAAGCCUACUCUGGUCUUCGGCUGA